AUGCGCGAUCUACGAGGAAGUCAGUCAGUCACAAAAAAUGUAUCCAGUUCAAGCAGUUCUCGUCGUUCUCGCGUUUAGCGUCUUCACGAACGCAGAAAUUAUUUUCAGUGAUGCCGAUGAAACACUUUUGAAGACAAUCAAGAGUAAUUGUGCUGCCGCCGAGAAGAUAGAUCCAUCGUUCAUCUCGAAAGUAGAAUCUGCGGAUUUCCCCACGUACGAUGAAGUCAAAUGUUACCCGUAUUGUGUCUACAGCACUUUCGGCAUCAUGACCAAAACCGGUGACUUCGAUAUGGACUUCCUGAAGGCUCAUAUCCCUGCAGAUCAACAUCAACUUGCCAUACCCAUAGUAAAAGAAUGCAGCAAAACCAAAGCUACAGAGAGUUGUCAACGUGGUUACGAAUCAUAUAAAUGUUACUCGUCGCUUGUGUUUGCUUAAGGCUGAAGCAUUGUUUAACAAAAUUACAAUCUUUAUUUUAUUGAUUUAUAAAUGUGUCUAAUACGUUAUAAGAAUACACCUAUCCCUCGUUUUACACAGUA